ACAAUAUAAAGGAGUCCGUGAAAAAAGGGCAACUUGCGUUCAAUUGUCCAAGCCUAACGUCACGGAAAGAGUUACUUUGGCGCAGCGCGCACAAGAAUGAUCCCAACGAAAUACUAUUGAGCGGAGCUGUGUGUUGAUAAGAAGAAUCCACGUUGUUUGGAUGGCGCUUCUCGUUUUUGUGAAUAUAAAGGAUCGAGUGAAGAUGCGCAGGAACCUGUUUACAAGGGAAACGCAGCAAGUUUGAGUCCGGGGGAAUGCGGAGCAGGCUCAAAAUGCACAGGGAUAGCAUUACUCAUUGCUCAGUGUUCCUCGCGCCAGCCACUUCGCCUUCGAAAUGUUUUCAUCAAGGAUGAUUCCUAAGCUCCGUAGUGCGAAACAAGUGUCUGAGGGGCGAACGACGCGUUGUUGCAGCACAGUUUCUAGGGAUUAAAGCGGCCGUUGGUGCUUUUGGAGGAGCUCUUUGGCGAAGCCAGUUUUGUUUUUCGACCUGUUGGGACUGAGAUGCAGCAGGAGCGUGUGUUUGUAUUAUCAGUAAGUUAAGGUGUUAUAGAGUCUUCAUAGCCUGAAGUUAUUCUUAGGUUUUAAAGUAAUAUAGAUGGUCAGACUAUAGAGCGAUAGCUUCAAUGGGCUGAAGUUAUUCACACCAGGCCCUUUGUAGACUUUUAUUUUGGCAGAGAGAAUAAAUAGUUUUUUUCGACGUCUGUGUUUAUUGUAUGUCCAAAUUUACAUUUUAUGCUGUUGCACACUUGAUCCAACAGCCGCCAUGUCAUUUGAGAUGACUUUAAAUAUUACAGUGACAUAGUGUCAGAUGUUUUCCAACACAGAAUGCAUGAAGACAGUAGCAGCAGGAUAAUUUAAGCACUCACGUGCAUGAAGAGUCUUUUGGUUUGGGAUCCACUGGAAUAUCAACAUGUCAGUGAAAGCCAAAGCCCUCUACACUUUUCAAAGUGAAAACAAAGAGGAGAUAAAUAUUCAGGAGAAUGAAGAACUGGUUAUCUUUGAUGAGAACUCAGUGGACGGCUGGUUUCAGGGGGAGAACAGCCGAGGGGAGAGGGGUCUCUUUCCAGCAUCGUACGUGGAAAUUAUUCGCAACCGCUCAAACUCCAACGUGACCGACUCCUCUAUCAGCCCCCCAAGCUCUUUAGGAAAAGUCUCCUAUUUCCCCUCUUUACCAAACACUUCUCCCAAUCUACAGCAUCCCUACUACGAUGAUGAAGAUGAUGAUGACUGGGAUGACUGGGAUGACAGGUCCACAGUAGUGGAGGAUUCUGACCACACUAGGAACCCGGGGGCUAAUGGACAUGCCCAUCAGAGCCCAAUGUCCAACAAUCCCAAUGUGCACUACCGGGCCAAACCCCACAUGGAGAGACAAGACAGCGUCUCCAGCUCCAGGAAGGGCAGCAUGGUGGGCAGCUGGAACCGAUUUUCCAGCUUCGUCCGCUCAGGUGUGGAAGCAUUUGUUCUGGGUGAUGUGCCCAUGAUGGCAAAGAUAGCCGAGUCGUACACCAUUGACAUGGGUCUUUUGGGCCCUCGGUGGAAAGAGAGCCCACAACCUUUCUGCUGCUCAAUAGAAGACCCCACAAAACAGACAAAGUUUAAAGGCAUCAAGACCUACAUUUCAUACCGGGUCACGCCGAGCCACACAGGGCGUCCCGUGUACCGGCGCUACAAACACUUUGACUGGCUUUACAACCGUUUGCUGCACAAGUUCACUGUGAUCUCUGUGCCUCACCUGCCCGAGAAGCAGGCCACAGGGCGAUUCGAGGAAGACUUCAUCGAGAAGCGUAAGAGACGACUGAUACUAUGGAUGAACCACAUGACCAGUCACCCGGUCCUGUCCCAGUACGAAGGCUUCGAGCACUUUCUGAUGUGUGCCGACGACAAGCAGUGGAAACUGGGCAAGAGGCGGGCGGAGAAGGACGAGAUGGUGGGAGCCCACUUCAUGCUCACCCUCCAGAUCCCCAACGAGCACCAGGACCUUCAGGAUGUCGAAGAGCGGAUCGACACCUUCAAGUCCUUCGCUAAGAAAAUGGACGACAGCGUGAUGCAGCUCACACAUGUUGCCUCGGAGCUGGUGCGUAAACACCUGGGCGGAUUCAGGAAGGAGUUCCAGCGGCUGGGAAAUGCCUUCCAGUCCAUCAGCCAGGCGUUCAUGCUGGACCCUCCCCACUGCUCAGAUGCCCUCAAUAAUGCCAUUUCCCACACAGGCCGCACCUAUGAGAACAUUGGGGAGAUGUUCGCAGAGCAACCUAAGUAUGACCUCUUCCAUAUGCUGGACAAGCUGUCGCUCUAUCAAGGCUUGCUUGCCAACUUCCCAGACAUUAUUCAUCUACAGAAAGGUGCCUUCGCCAAGGUGAAGGAGAGCCAGCGCAUGAGCGACGAAGGGAAGAUGGACCAGGACGAGUCCGACGGCAUCAGGAAGCGCUGCCGGACGGUGGGCUUCGCCCUGCAGGCGGAGAUGAGCCACUUCCAUCAGCAGCGAGAAGUGGACUUCAAACACAUGAUGCAGGCCUACCUCACGGAGCAGAUCGCCUUCUACCAGCGGGUUGUCCAACAACUGGAGCGCACGCUGCGCAUGUACGACGGGCUGUGAACAGGAGAGCGCGGGACUCACGCUUGGCUCAGUUCAAGGACUCGCAGGUGACGAAGCGGACCUUAAAGUCACACUUUUAUACCUACUGUACCUUUUAUUUCAGAAGUACAUAUAACAUAGGCAAUAUCACGGCGGACUGUUUAUUUGACAUAAUUUAAGGUGUAACAUAAAGAGUUUAGGAUUCACAGUCACGCCGGUUGUAGCUGAACGCGUUAAGCCAUGAAUCGGGUCUUCAACCUCGUCCCCCUCUGGCCAACGUCUCACAGUAUUCCUCACCUCCUCCUCAUUCUGCCUCCAACAGCUCAGGUUUUCAGUGUGACUUUCAUGGCAGUCCCCUGUGGUCGACUCAGUACCUGUCGCACCGCAUUUUGACUUUUCAUAAGUGCCUUUAGGGAUCUGAGGUUGAGUGACCGUCUGCGUAGUAGAGGAGAAAACAAGUUUGCACAUGCUUUAUAUACUGGGUCUGGGUCAUGGUUGAGUGUCGGUGACUGAAUGAUGAGUCAGUAACUGUGCCGUUUUCAUGUUGUAACUCGAACAAAGAAGAAAAACCUUCUUACGUAGCAGCAGGUUUAUUUAACCAACUAAUAUGAAUCAUACUUAGAGUGGAUUAAACUGGUUGAGAGGCUAAAUAUCAAAGCGUCAUGCUCAUGUUUAUGUAUUAGAUCAUGCACAAAGUCCAAUACCAAAGCCUCCUACUGUGUUCCUAGCUCUUUGUGCAGUGGAAAGCCGCAUGGGGACAGUUUAUUGACACCUGAAGCUGCAGCCAGCUGGAAGAAAGUGCUGCGAGGGAGUCUAACACGCAUUCAGGAAGUAGGCGUCGACCUACUCAUUCAGCUGUUUGUCAGAACGAGGAGCUUCAACGACCAUAAUACUUGGACCAAACUACUUUGGUUCCUGUUGUGAGUCCACUCCUCACCUCGUUUAGAAACCUUAGCGCUGAGGAGUGAGGGGGAUGUGUUUGUGAGCUGGUCACACUCCUUCAUAAAGGCCCAUUGUUCAUUUAGUGGCCACUAAUUCUCAAUGUUUCACUGAUGUGGCGGAAAAUUGAUAUUAAAAAGGUUAUUCUGCAGUUAGUGCUGCUCAGAAUUAGACUGGUUCCUUUAUAACAAAGACGUGCUGAUUCAGCUCUGCAUGUGUGUGACUCCCAUCCGAGUGUUGCUGGUACUGCUACAUCUGGAGCCUCCAGCUCACUGCUGUCUAAGUGUGCUGUUAUUUAUGUGGGUUUAUUCCGGACCAACCCUUGCUUUCCACUCUGCCACUUGCACUCCUUUCAGUUUCUCCGAGACCAAAGAAGUCUGGCGUUUUCUGCCCGGCUUCCGUUUUAAACUUUUUAGUAAAAGUACAUUUGUUUUGUGGCUUUUGUAAUUGAGUCUUUCCUCGUCUGAGGAAAAAUGUUGAGAGGCGUUGGAAAAACUAAGAAGACAUUCCACAGAGAAACGAUCCUGGACACCAAAGGCAAAGAGGUUUUAGGAUAAAGAAAGGCACACGAGGUGCAAACGAAAGAAUGAAAAUGAAGCUCCAGGUGUUUCACACAAGUGACUGUUCCCUAACAUGGAUGUGUGGCCUCGUGGGUCGCGAGAGCUUUGUGCUUUAGUCUCUGAAAUAACAGAUGGUGAUUUUAAGUAAGUAAUUUGUUACUUGAUUUAGGAGAGGUGGAUGUACAAAUGAAAUAAAAGCAAUGAUGGUCA